AUGGCAGUUUGGGACAAAAAGACUCUCUGGGCUUUCCUGUUUCUGCUGGCAGGUGCUGUGGGUCAAACUGUGAUCUAUCCUUUCACGUCUACCUGUGCUGUCAGAGGAUCGACUCUCACCCUCCCCUGCAGCUUCACACCACGGAAGUCCUUCAAUGAAGGUGGAAGAGAAGUUCCACUAAAGAUCGUCAGAGUCCGCUGGUGUCAGAAACAUGAACUCUGUCAGGGCGACACCCCGUCUGUGUAUGACAGUAAAUCAACAAACAACGACCCUCGUUAUCAAUACCUGGGAGACAUGAAGACAAACUGUACUUUACAGAUCAGAGAUGUUCAGCAGAGAAACAACAGAACCUUUCGCUUCAGGAUGGUGGCUGAUAAUGCUGCAGGACAUUUUGUUAACAGGACAGGAGUGAAUGUCAGAGUUGUUGGUGGGUCUAAAAUGAGAAUUAUCAGCUCCAGUGAGGAUAAAAAGUUCAGCAGAGGUGAGACCAUCACACUGCUCUGCACUUCAUUCUGCACUUUCCACCAACUGGAGGUCACCUGGUUCAGAGAUGGCCACGCCCUCUCAGAGACUGACCCCUCCCUCCACCUCAUCCCUCUGACUGCAGAGGAUUCUGGGAACUACACCUGUGCUCUGAGGACCAACCAGAGGACUGUCUCUGAGCCGUACAGCCUGCAGGUGGAGGCAGAGGAAGGAAAACUGGACAAACUGACAGCUGUCCGUCUGGCUCUGUUCACUGCUCUCACGCUGCUCUUCAUCACUGUGGCAUCCAUAAUAAUCAGAGGAUGUGUUUGCAGGUCAGCAGCAGGUCAGCAGCAGAGAGCUGAGAGACAUUUGGAGGUUCAGCCUCCAGACUCCACUGAGGAGCUGAGAACCAACGAAGAAGAACGAGGUCAGGAUGUCUGACAGCAGCGCCGCCUGUAACAAAUCUGCUUUGAAAAAUGAACCAUUUAACAGGUUUAUUACCCAUAAUGCUUCCUGUGGCUGUUCAGACUCCACAGUCAGACUCUGAGCUGUUUAAUGUCAGAUU